AUGGAAAUACAUUAGUAUUUGGUAGUCAUGAUCAGUCUAUCUGUUUAUGGGAUGUUAAGACAGGAAAAUUAAAAGCCAAUGAAGAUGGUCAUUCAAGUGAAGUUAAUUCAAUUUAUUACUUUCCUGAUGGAAAUACAUUAGUAUCCGAUAGUCAUGAUAAGUCUAUCCGUUUAUGGGAAGUUAAGAUAGGAAAAUGAAAAGACAAAUUAGAUGGUCAUUCAAGUGCUGUUUUUUCAAUUUGUGACUCUCCUGAUGGAAAUACUUUAGCUUCUGGUAGUGAUGAUAAGUCUAUUAGUUUAUGGGACGUUAAGACAGGAUUAUAAAAAGUCAAAUUAGAUGGUCAUUAAAAUGAAGUUAAUUCAAUUUAUUACUUUCCUGGGGAUGUUAAGACAGGAUAAUGAAAAGCCAAAUUAGAUGGUCAUUAAGGAACAGUUAAUUCAAUUUAUUACUCUCCUAAUGGAAAUACAUUAGCAUCAGGUAGUCAUGAUAAGUCUAUCUGUUUAUGGAAUCGUAAAACAGGAAAAUUAAAAGCCAAUGAAGAUGGUCAUUCAAGUGCAAUUUAUCAAUUUGUUACUCUCCUGAUGGAAAUACAUUAGCAUCUGGUAGUCAUGAAAAGUAUAUCUGUUUAUGGAAAGUUAAGAUAGGAAAAUGAAAAGACAAAUUAGAUGGUGAUUCAAGUGCUGUUUUUUCAAUUUGUUACUCUCCUAAUGGAAAUACAUUAGCAUCUGGUAGUCAUGAUAGCUCUAUCUGUUUAUGGGAUGUUAAGAUAGGAAAAUGAAAAGCCAAUUAAGAUGGUUAUUCAAGUGAAGUUAAUUCAAUUUGUUACUCUCCUGAUGGAAAUACAUUAGCAUCUUGUAAUCAUGAUAAGUCUAUUAGUUUAUGGGAUGUUAAGACAGGAUUAUAAAAAGCCAAAUUAGAUGGU